AUGGGCAAUACAAUCUCUCCAUGUUAUUGUCGACCAAAUUCACGUUCAUUGGUUAAGCUAAUCUCAUGGGAAGGAACCACAAGGGUUCUCACCGGAAAACGGCUAGCCGGAGAGAUCAUGUUCCAGUUCCCGGACCGCAUGGUGUGCCAUGCAGACUCAUUCUUCAUCGGCCACCCCAUCCCAGUCCUAGCCAUCGACGACGAGCUCAUGACCGGACAAACCUACCUCGUUCUCCCCCUCGAUUGCUUCACAUGCAACGUGCUGUCGGCUUCUUCCCUGGCCGCCCUAGGCGCUAGCCCUAAACCGGCGCCGGUCAACUUCAAAGGGUGCCCAUUCGAAUACAUAAAGGGCUCAAAUGGAAGAGUGUUGAUCAAGGUAUUGCCGGAGUUCAUAAUUAAGCUUAUCACAAGAGGGAAGGAACUAGAAGGGGGAAAAGAAGAGUCAGGUACUAGCCCUAGCCAUAGUUUUCUUUGUAGCACACCAGAGUUGAAGAAGCACUAUGAUAUGUUGGUUGGGCCUAGAGAGCAAGUUUGGUCACCUAAGCUCGAGACCAUUUCCGAAUAUAAAAUUAGGUAUUCACCAUGCAGAUUUAUAGGUUUGGAAUGGAAACAGAAAGAGAAUGAAGGAUAA